AUCCUUGUUGGACCAAGGGAGAUGACACCCACUGCAAGCUAUGGGAGGGUGUUCUAGUGCUGUUGAACAUGCCUGCUACAGCAAGUGCAGCAGAUGCUAUUCUAAGCCUUGUAAAGAUACUUGGGGCGGUGACAGAAGCCAUUCUGGAGAAAUUCUGUGCCUUCGGUGUGUGGUUAAGUGCACAUAUUCCUGGCUU